UAUUUGAAAAAUGAUAUAUCCAGAAUAAUCAAUAUCUCUCUCUAUCUCUUCCUUGCAUCUACUUAAGAUGCAAACCACCUUAAUUAACAACAAUCUUUUUGAUACUUCUCUCUCUCUUCCCCGUUCUGUUUCAUUAAAGUCUAGGUGUCGGCUACCCAUUUCAAUCAUCUUCAUCAGGUUCAGAUCCUUGUGUUUCAUCCAUCACAGCCAUGGCAGAGAAGAAAGUUACAGUCAUGGUGAUUAAGGUGGAUCUUGGCUGCGAGAAAUGCCAGAAGAAAAUCAAGAAAGUUCUCUGUAAAAUUCCUCAAAUUCAGAAUCAGAUAUAUGAUGAGAAGGCGAACACGGUGACAAUCACUGUGGUGUGUUGCAGCCCAGAAAAGAUCAAGAAGAAGAUUUGCUGCAAAGGUGGUGAUUCUGUCAAGGGUAUUGAGAUCAAAGUUCCUGAGAAAGUUAAACCACAAGAGAAGCCUAAAGAACCAGAGAAGCCAAAGCCUAAAGAACCAGAGAAGCCUAAAGAGAAGCCGAAGGAGCCCGAGAAGUCUAAACAAGCAGAGAAGCCUAAGGCUCUUCAACUAAUACCAGACUACCCACCGCCGGUGAGAGCGUGUUGCAUGGAAUGUUAUCAAGGAUAUGGUGGAGGCCCUUGUUAUCACGGGUAUGGAAGGCCACUCCCAUGUUAUGAGAGUUACGGAACACCAGUUCCAUGUUACGAGGCUUAUGGAAGGCCAGUAUAUGAUAGUUGGGUUGGUGGUGGCGGAUUCAACGGUUGCCGGAGAGGAUGCUAUGUGGGCAGAUGUGAUUGCCUAAGUGAAGGAAAUCCGUCGGCAUGCAGUGUCAUGUAAUUAAUUAAUCAGAAAUGGUGGUCUUAAUCAUGGCAUGAUCUUCCAUAGUUGGCUACGUUGGGAUUUUUCUUUUUUACAACUAAGGUUUUUAUAUUAAGGUUAAUAAUAGAAAAUAAGGUUUUGUGUCUGUCAGUGGACAAUUAAUUAAUUGUCCAUUUGAUUGGUAUAACAGAGGCUGUUGAUUAAAAUUUUUAAUUAAUUAAUAAAAAGUUCUCAUUAAUCA